GUGGGGGAUAAGGGUUAGGAAAGUAACGGAAGCCAUUUUGAUUUUUUGCUACCUCCGCGAAGAGAGUUCUUUUGGAAUUUUUGCAGAAAAAGUGGCCAGAAUUCUUUUAUUAUGGUGGUAAGAAGGAACCGUUUUAUCUGUUUUGUGUCUUAAAAGGUUGAAAGUACAAGUUCCGACAAUUUAAAGUGUUACAUUAAGUGCACAUUUGUGAUUUGUAUCAUUUUUGACACCGUGGCAGACCGUGCUGCAUAUUUCGAAUAUUUGUGAGAUUUAAAGUUUGACAUAGAUUAUCUGUUUGUAUUUAUCGCUAAUAUUUACAUAGUACAAAGCACAGAGACCACAGGCCAUAAAUACUGAGCAAAUUUGUGCAUUUGUUGAGGUCAUUCAUAGUACUUUAACUUAAUAGUACAUAGUAUAAAAUUAUUAAAGAGGGGGGCAUUGGGGGAUAUUCAAUACCGUAUAAAUACCGCAAGCAAAUUUUGUCAAUUACCGCAGUUUUUAGUCCAAAAUUGCAAAUACCGUGUACCGCAAGAUUUCCAGUAUCGUAAUACCGCAAUUUUUCAAGGAAAAUACCGAAAUACCGUAAGGAAAAUAAGCUAAUACCGCCAUACCGUAAAUCCCAAUGUCCCCCUCAUUAAACUGUGCAGUGGAAAAAUAUGUAACCUGAUCAACACCCAUUGUAAAAUUAUUAUUAUAGGUGAUGUCCAAGUUACAGCUAUUUGCAUUCAAGUACAAAACGCAAACAUUUUCGUGCUUUUUUUUUAUGUUUGAAAUGGGGAGUUUACGAUUGGAAACCGAAAUAUAUUCACCGCUCAUGUCACAUGUCACAGUACAAAGCCUCAGUUAUUUUUGGUGCAACUGUCAUGUUUUGAGUGCCUUUGUGCACGUUUCACUAUUUCCAAGCUCACAAUAUUGUAAGAGUGACCAAACUUGUUUACAGUCAUACUUUUGCAACUAGUCUAACGUAGUAUAUCAUGGGCUUGGAAAUAUUGAAACGUGCAUGAAGGAGGCCCACCAAGGGUGUAACUCAGGUUGCUUGUCACUCAUUUUGUAGCUUUGACACUUUUGUAAUAAAUGUCGCUGUCACUUUUGACUCAUAACACAAAUUGCAAUUUGUCGCUUUUUCCCAGUCAGAAGCUGUCGUUUGUCGCCUCUUUUUUAGAUAGUCUGUCGCCUCUUUUUAAGGAAUGUCACCUGUCGGUCAUAACCCCUUGGUGGGCCUCAUGAAGGUUAACAUCAAAUCAUGACAGUUGUGCCAAGAAUGACUUAACCCUUCAUGUCACAUGAGCAGUGAGUACAUUUCCGUUUCCAAAUGCACAAAAAUGUUUGCAGUUUGUUCUUGAAUGCAGAUAGCUGUAUCUCACCGUCGCCAUGUUGGAUGACAUUGACAAAGGAUUUUGCUUGUUUGCAAUGCAAAUAUCAUCCAACAUGGCAAAAAUGUAAUCUAAAUAACAUCGUCCAGGUUUUAGCACAUGCCAAAUUGUCUUACAGAGUAAAAUAAUAAAGUAGGACACAUACUGUAUAUUAAGGUUUAUUGCAACUUAAUGGGUUAACUAGACACCUGGGCAGAUGAUUACCCCACUGAGUGCUCCCACCUUGAUUUGUAGCACAAGAGAAUAUUGAUUAAAGGUGGCACUGUUAUUAAUCAUGAUCGGAUGUUCGAAGCUGACGUUUUUAUAGAAGAUGGUGUCAUCAAGUAUGUCUUUAGGAAAUUCUAAAUUCAAAUGUAUUUAAUUGUAAUAAUAUUGGUGAUACAGAUUUGAAUUUUCGAAUUUGCAAGUGUCUGCACGAUUAUAGUUUGCCUCAGUUGCACACGAGGAGAUUGCUUCCAAAUUGCAUGACUGUACUGGCUAUUGAUCCAUUUUCACCUGUUGUAACACUGGAUCAGUAAGGGUUGACUCUUACUGGAUCUCUAUGAAUAACAGUUUAGAACUAAUAGAGCUAUCCAGUAUAAAUAAAGUUAGUUUAGUUUAGGUUUCCUCCUGUAGUAACACUGGAUCAAUAAUAGUUGACUUCUACUAGGAGGAACAGUUUAGAAUCUAGAUUUUUCAUAUAAUUAUUGGAUUCAAUGUGGUAAAAAUUUAUGUUAUAUUCCAGGGACGUUGGUGAGUCACUUGUUGUACCUGGUGGUGCUAAAGUCAUUGAUGCUCAUAAGAAAUAUGUCAUGCCUGGUAAUUUAUGAUUAAUUAUAUUAUAUAUCUAUCAAGGUAUGCUACUUCUCACAUACCAAAAACUAACCCUGCCCAUAUAUCAUCAUGAACAUGUGGCUUAGGUGUGGCAAUAACACCCCAUGUUAAUAUAUCUGAUUCAAUGUACAUGUUCUAUUGAUUAGGUGGUAUCGAUACUCAUACUCACAUGCAACUACCAUUUAUGGGCACCGUUGCAGUAGAUGAUUUUUAUUAUGGUACCAGAGCAGCUGUCGCUGGUGGCACUACUAUGAUCAGUAAGUUUAUUUCAUUUGUUAUUUUCCCCUUCCCACUCAGACUGCUGGAAAUUGUCUGGCAGCACCAGCAGCACUGCUGCCACAAAAUUUCUAGCAACAUAUGCGGGGUAGGAAAAAAGAAUUUUCUUCCUGCGAGCACAACCUGGAGACAAAAAUUUCCUGCAGACCAACGGAGUAUUUUUGUGCUAAAUCUGCAUAUGUGCAUAAACAUAUAGUGUUCUAGCUGACCAUGGUUUUCAAUUCAACAAUUAACCAUAUGUUAACAACAUAAAACGCUCACUGAGUUUCCAGCAAUAUACAUACCCUUUUCUAGAUAUAUACCUAAUAAUAAUAAACGAACGAACGAAUGUAUUCCCUCCACUCGUGAGCUCAUUUACCAUUGUCACAUAUAGUAAAUGUCCAGGCCUUGUGACCCUGGAUGAAGGCCUGGACAUUUACUAUAUGUGACAAUGGUAAAUGAGCUCACAAGUGGAGGGAAUACAUUCGUUCGUUCGUUUAUUAUUAUUAGGUAUAUAUCUAGAAAAGGGUAUGUAUAUCGCUGGAAACUCAGUGAGCAUUUUAUGUUGUUAUUUUAUUUCCUAAGUACGGGUCUCCGACCAAUUUCAUAUAACCAUAUGUUGUUGCGCCAAUAGUGGGACAUGGGUGUUAAGGUUUCCUUCAGAUUUUCAAUAGCAAAUCUUCAUCUAAAAGAAUCCUUCUUUUCACUCUCCAUUCCUCCUCUUCUUCCCAAAGCUCAAUUAUUUUAUGAUCAUUUUACAUUCUAGUUGAUUUUGUGAUCCCUCAGAAAGGAGAGUCGUUGCUUGCAGCGUAUGACAAAUGGCGAAAGUGGGCGGAUGAAAAAGGUAUUUAGAAUUAUAAGUCUUUGUUGAUUGAAACACUCACCCCAUUUAUUCAUUGAAUAAGAUUCUUUUUAUUACUAAAAGUGUCAUGAUUUUCAGUUAUUGAGAGAAUUUACUGUUUAAGAGAGUCUGUCAGUACCGUAUUCCUUUGUCAAUAUAAAAGCAAGGUUGCUAAUCUUUAUCUUGUUUAUUUUUUUUAACUAGUUGUCUGUGAUUACUCAUUUCAUGUUGCCGUCACUUGGUGGGGUGAAAAUGUAGGCAAAGAAAUGGAAGUCCUUUGCAAGGAACGAGGUAAUUAA